CUGUGCAAGCCUGGAGAUUUCGAUCACAAAACCUGCAUACCUAAGUUUCUCAGCAGAUUCACUCAUGGAUGAGGCUCCUCCGAGCCUGUGGAGAUUGGCCGUGAGCUUGGCGGCGAUUGAGUUCUGGAAGUUUUCGGCUGCCGGGUUGAGCAGGAAUAGAAGACUGUGAAACAAUGGAAGAUGUGUAUAUGGCGUCAGUGGAAACAGAUCGGGGAGUAAAGGAACAGUUACAUCUUUAUGACACCAGAGGUCUACAGGAAGGUGUGGAGUUGCCAAAGCAUUAUUUUUCAUUUGCUGAUGGCUUUGUUCUUGUGUACAGUGUGAAUAAUCUUGAAUCUUUUCAAAGAGUGGAGCUCCUAAAGAAAGAAAUUGACAAGUUCAAAGAUAAAAAAGAGGUAGCCAUUGUUGUACUAGGAAACAAAAUUGACCUAUCUGAGCAGAGACAAGUGGAUGCUGAAGUGGCACAGCAGUGGGCAAAGAGCGAGAAAGUGCGACUGUGGGAGGUAACAGUUACAGAUCGAAAAACUCUUAUUGAACCAUUCACUUUAUUAGCCAGUAAACUGUCCCAACCCCAGAGCAAAUCAAGUUUUCCGCUACCUGGGAGGAAAAACAAAGGGAACUCUGAGAACUAACUCAAUCCGCGAGAACGGUUUGUUAGUGUUCGCCUUUAAAUGUCUGCGAACUGAAAUAAGCUAUUUCAAAUAGGUUUUUGGAAACUCAUAAGGUAAUUUAACACGUUUCCAAAUUACUUGGGCCAUGUAAUCGAAAUAGUCGUAUUCAUUAUUUGAAACUGAAAUCAGCUCCU